AUGUUAUCGCCACCUUCGUCUGCUCCUCGUCGUCCAAUCUUUGACAAUGCGGCGGUUGUACACCAAUUGACAGCCGAUCGCAAUGAAAUGCUUGUACCAGACUUCUCCCGGGUCUUGUGUAUCUACACUGGAGGAACGAUUGGCAUGAAGCACACAAAAGAACACGGCUAUAUUCCUCUGCCCAAUUACUUUGCUCAAACGCUUGGGAGGAAUUUACAGUUCCAUGAUCCUUUCCACAAUCCAAAUUCCAGAUCAUCCACUCCCGAUAGUGGCAGAAGCAGCCGAAGCAAUAGCCCUACUCGAAGCAGCAGCCCUACUCGAAGCAGUAGUCCCACCAUGAUGGAUAGUGGUCACCGUUAUGCUUUUGGAAGUGUCACCAAUUCGGUGCGAACCAUGGAUGAGCAAGGCGUUGAAACAAAACAGGAACUCCCAAGUCUUAUUACACCUGUCAGUCUUUAUGGAAAGCGCAUCAGAUACUCCAUUCUAGAAUAUGAUCCUCUGUUGGAUUCAUGCAACAUGACUAUGGAAGAUUGGGUGCGCAUUGCAAGGGAUAUCGAAGCAAACUAUGAGCACUUUGAUGCGUUCAUUGUUUUACAUGGCACCGAUACAAUGGCAUACACUGCGAGUGCAUUGAGUUUCCUAUUGGAGGAUCUUGGCAAGACGGUCAUUAUUACUGGAUCUCAAGUACCUUUGACUGAAGUACGAAAUGAUGCACUCGACAACUUGCUUGGUGCCCUUACGAUUGCAGGUCACUUUUUGAUACCCGAGGUGUGCCUAUAUUUCCGCCAGAAACUCUAUCGUGGCAAUCGAUCCAGCAAACUCAGCGCAGUGGAUUUCGAUGCAUUUGAUUCUCCCAACAUGCCUUGCCUUGUCGAAGUAGGCAUUGAUAUCAAUGUCCGAUGGCCAUUGGUACUUCGACCUACCCGUAUUGCAAAGUUGCAUUCACACAAAAAGCUCAAUCCCAAUGUUGCAUCCCUUCGACUCUUUCCUGGUAUCAAUGAGACGACGGUGCGUACAUUCCUUGCCCCUCCUAUCCAAGGCGUUGUGCUCGAGACUUAUGGUGCCGGUAAUGCACCUGCACGUGCGGAUCUGCUAUCAGCCCUCAAAGAAGCAUGUGAUCGAGGCGUAGUGAUUGUCAAUUGUACGCAAUGCCGCAAGGGUUUGGUGACCAGCUCCUAUGCCACAGGACGACAACUUGCAGCCAUUGGUGUCGUAGCCGGUGCCGAUAUGACCCCUGAAUGUGCAUUGACCAAGCUAUCCUACUUGUUGGGUAAACGACCAGAUGACCCUCAAUAUGUGCGUGAAAUGAUGAUGCGAAAUAUCCGUGGCGAGCUUACAGUGCAACGACAACAACAACAAUUCAGCGCCUUUAAUCGCACCCAUGCUCUGAUUGAUAUGAUGGUGAGCAUGUCCGCCCAUGCCAAGAAUACAUCCAAGAGCGAAUGGGAUGGUGGUGUCCUUGAUCAUGAUUUGACAAUGCCUGUGGAGGAACAACUAGUGGCAGAAAAGGCACUUUUACCCGUCAUCUUAUGCUCAGCAGCCAUGGCCAAUGAUUUGGAUGGAUUACGCAAGUUGUAUGAUAGCCACAUUAGCGACAUGAUCAACCUCAACACAGUGGAUUACGAUGGUCGUAGCCCGUUGCAUCUAGCAUGUCGAGAAGGCCAUGUGGAAGUGGUUGAGUUUUUGUUAUUGCAUGGUGCCUCUAUCCACAUCCGGGAUCGUCAAGGCCAUUCACCACUCUUUGUGGCGCUUGUUGAAAAACGUGCUCAAGUCGUGGAAAUGCUUCGUAUGGCGGGUGCCCAUUUAUCUGAAAAGGAGUAUCCUGACAUGGGUACCAUUUGGCUCAAAGCAGUGGCUAAGGGUGAUACUCGCUUCGUACAACUUGCUCUCUCUGCUGGGUGGUCUGUCAAUUGGGCGGAGCCUGUGGAUGGACGUCGUGCUAUUCAUGUUGCCGUUUGCCAAGGUCGUGUAUCAGUCCUCAAAUGCUUGCUUGCACAGCCAAAUCUUGAUCUCGAUCGCAAGGAUCGAUGGGGCUUCUCGGUCACAGAUACCGUCAAAUGGGUGCAAAACGCAGAAGGCGUCAAUGCUAUUGAUGAGAUUGCAAAUUUGAUAGAACAACACAUGCAGCGUAUAGAGAAACAAAAGCAAUAG